AUGCGACUCGGUCAGCCAUUGACUCUUGCAUUCGCAACAUGCCUCGGCGUUUCUCCGGGAGUGGUGGCUAUAAUGGGCACUUCUUGUAUCAGUGUUCUAAAAUCCAUGGGCCAAGUGCCUGGACUUUUGCUGGAGAACGUCCGACGGCAGUCAUGCGAGGCCGGCUGCGAGCCGAGGCUAGACAUCUGGGACAAGUACGCGAAGGAAGCUGUUCUCCGCCCUCUUGUUGAAGAUGGGGCCAAACACUGUGAAGCUCCUGAGAGCCAAGAAGCAGUAUUCAACUUUUUGGACCAAAUUUUCCAAAAAAUAAAAUUGCAGUGCUCUGAGAAACUCAGUAGCGAGAGCCACUUUUGUGAUCACCCCGAGAGAUUGAAACCGUUUGUGGACUGCGCCAAGGCAAACGCGAUUCCGAACUCGAUCAGCUCCCUGCCCAUGGUACUUCCCUACAUGUCAGAGCGAACAUGCAAAAAUACGAACGACUACGCAACAAGCUCCCAGUUGUGGGAGCAUGAUUUCCCAAAGCAUCUCGCCAAGUACAUUCAUCAAUGCCAUGAGCUAUGA